AUUCUAGUUACUGAUUUCUUUGGUAUUGGUACGGAAAACAGUAAUAAGAGGCAUGAGGGGUGGGGAAGCAUGUACACUGUAGAGAAGAACCAAAAUCAUUGAAGGUACUUCACAAACUAGCGUUCUUCCUCUCCUGCAUUUUCCACAUCUCCGGGAGGUCUGAUGGGGCCCCUCCUUGCACACGGGCUGGCCUGAGGGGGCGCUCUUGCUGCUGCGAGUGUCCGAGUGUCCGGCCCACCCCUCAGAUCGGUGCAGAGGAAGACCGCCUUCGAAUCCAGAACUUGAGUGUGCAUGCUGUCACCUCCUUGUACUCCCAAGUAGGUUAGAACUGUGGAAAAGAGAUUGCAAGUAGUGUUUUUGCCCCCUAAAUUGUCAAUUUCCUGUAUGUAUACAUACUUUUAAAUAAUGAAUUUUUAUUAAAUGAUCUAUAUACAUAGCUUAAUGGUACUGCAAGGACUAUAAGGAAAAAUGUUAGCUCCUGGCUCCUCCUUUUCCAUUCCCUUCCUAGGGGGGCAUUUCAGCCUUGAGGUUUUUCCUAGUGCCUUGGUUUCAGAUUUCUGAGUAAUAGGCUUAUACUGCUUAUUUAUAAUUUACUAUGUUUAGAAACCUCUGACAGCUUCCUAUUUGAUAGAUGAAGGUUUCUGCCUUUUUACUUUUUUCUCAUUCUCCCAGUAUUUUUUCAUUAAACUGGCAUCAUUGCAUUAUAGCGACCACAUUUCUGUGUUCAUUCCUGAACUAGUUUACUGUGCUUGUAUUUCCAUUCUCAACAUUUUGUCUUGGUUUUACAUCCACAUCACUAAUUCUUCCAAAACAGUCCCAAAUAGGUAAAACUUUCUUUAAAUCUGUUUUCGACAUGGUCAAAGCUCUACUAUAUACUUGUUUUAGUCUAAACUAAUUUCUUUCUUACCCAUGUAUACAGCUGUUUCCUGAGACUUCAUCGUCCUGGGAUUUGUUUUCCUCUCUUGGGCUGGAGUCUGCAUUUCCUGGGCCCUAUGUCUUGGUUAUUAGAUUACUUACUUGUUAAAGUGGAACACUUCCUUCAGUAACUCCGGAAAUGGGUGCAUGGGAGUGACCUCGAUCUAAGGAAACUCAGGGGGAAGAGACCUCAGAUGUCCCAGAGUCGAGCCUCCAGCUUGCCAUAGAGUUCCUGUCUGUAGCACCUAAGCUUGUGAAGAUUUUGUCUUGAGGACUCCCAGCCAGCAUCUCAUGGCUAAAGGAUACAUUUAAGCCUUCUGCUUCCUGUCACUGUUUUCUUCCAGGAACAAUGAAUCAUUCCCAGGACACCGGCCCUCGAGGCAUGCCUGAAGAAAGAAAACUUUAUAUUGUGGAUUCCAUAAAUGACUUAAACAAACUAAACCUCUGUCCUGCCGGAUCACAGCACCUUUUCCCGCUCCAGGAGAAAAUCCCAGACGUUGGCACUAACUCAGGAAAUGGAAGUCAUAGUCUAUUUUUUAUGGGGCUGAUAAUGGUGCUGAUUGUCAGCCUGGCCCUGGUUUCCUUUGUGAUUUUUCUAAUAGUUCAAACUGGAAACAAGAUGGAUGAUGUGUCAAGAAGACUAACAGCUGAGGGAAAGGACAUAGACGAUCUUAAGAAAAUCAACAGCCUGAUUGUAAAGCGACUCAAUCAACUGGAUGCUGAACAAAACUAAAGAAAUGAGCAUCCAAAAGCAGCUGCUAAUGCUGGAGCUUCACACUUUACUGGGCGUGCACAGGGUUAUGAAGUGAGCAUGCGCAUUUCUGCAGGCAACAGAAUAUCUGGUUCGUGAUCCCAACCCUGGGGCCAACUUUCUGCUACAGGGAUGGGAGCAACUCCAAGGCAAAGGGGCAUGGGAUAGCAGCCAGAAAAGGGCUCUUUUUAUGGUAGGGUCCUUCUGCUUCAUUGGGGUUUAGGGUGGCUGGCAUGAAGGAGAACCAACAGUUAGCAAGAGAAUUCGGCUCCGUACCUACACCUUCUCUUACAAAAGGAGUGUUGUCACCAGAAUAAGUUCACUGUACCAGUGAGGUUCAUGGCACCUCAUGCGCCUUUAUGAAUUCCUGUGACAGCCUAAUGAAUCCAGUGAGUUAUUUGUAUUCAAGGGAACCAGGUGAUGACUCUUCUCAAUAAAAAAUUCUGCUCAGGUGAUUAAACUCUGACUCUUCCCCAAGGACAGGGGAUGGGUGGGUUUCAGAGCCAAUUGCCUUCUGGUAUUUGCUAGUAGUAUUGAUAUGAUAUAUGGUAGGGUGGGGGUCAAUAGAGAGAGCCUAAGUUAUUCAACCAAUGUUUAUUGAGCUCUUUGUGCAAACCAUCUGUCUACUUUAGAAGAGUUUACAUUCAAUUGGGGAACAAAGGAAAUGUAUGGUUAUAUAUAUAUAUAUUAUAUAAGCUUUGUUGGCAUUCUUUCUCAUGAAAAAAAAUCCUUCAGUGUUCUGCUGCUUAAUUUUGAAGCAAUCUGAUAGGUUUGUGGUCUUUACUAAGCUACAGUAGGAAAUUGUGUAUUUGGAAUAUUUGAAAUCUGCCCUGUUUUAGCCCAAAAGGUAAGGUACACAGUUUGUGAUAUAAGAUAUGGUGUGAUAUAAAUGAGCUUAAAAAGCAUAUGAGUCUUAGAAAAUCUUUUAUUUAAUACAAAUAUAUUGUGCAAGUUUAUUGAAGAAUGCAUUGCGAUGGGGCGCCUGGGCGGCUCAGUUGUUAAGCGUCUGCCUUCGGCUCAGGUCAUGAUCCCAGGGUCCUGGGAUCGAGCCCCGCAUCGGGCUCCCUGCUCAGCGGGAAGCCUGCUUCUCCCUCUCCCACUCCCCCUGCUUGUGUUCCCUCUCUCGCUAUGUCUCUCUGUCAAAUAAAUAAAAUCUUUAAAAAAAAAAAA